UUCAACUCACAGCACAUCGAGCGUCUCCAGUAGCUUCUUCCUGUGUGUCAUCUCCUUGAACAGCAGCAGCAGCAGCAGCGAUGGCCAUGAUGAAACGGAGACGCGAGAAUGAGACCGGCGCACAGGCGGAUGCGGCCGAGGAGGCCAAGAAGCAGAAGCUGGCCACGGCGGGCGGCAGCAAGUACAUCAACAAGCAGCGCGUGCUCGUGUUCUCGUCGCGCGGCAUCACGACUCGUUACCGCCACCUAAUGGACGAUUUCCGCAAAUUGCUGCCGCAUCACAAGCGUGAGGUCAAGUUGGACGCCAAGGACACGCUGCAUGUGGUCAAUGAAAUUGCUGAGAUCAAGGGCUGCAACACCACCAUCUUCCUCGAGGCUCGCAAGCGCCAGGACCUGUACAUGUGGGUCAGCCGCGUCGGCACGGGCCCCAGCGCUAAAUUCCUCGUGCAGAACGUGCACACUAUGGACGAGCUGAAGAUGACGGGCAACGCUCUGGCCGGCUCGCGUCCUCUGCUGACUUUCGACAAGGCCUUCGAUGAAGAACCGCACCUUCAGGUGAUCAAGAAGCUCUUCACGCAGGUGUGGGGCACGCCCAAGGCUCACCCGAAGAGCAAGCCGUUCAUCGACCGCGUCAUGAGCUUCUACUACGCGGACGGCAAGGUCUGGUCCCGCAACUACCAACUGGCGGACGACGCCGACACUAAGAAGGCAGAGCUGGCCGCUCUCCACCGUGGCGAGGACUUGGUGCAGCUCAUUGAGAUCGGCCCGCGUUUCGUCAUCACGCCCAUCCGCAUCUUCGACGGCAGCUUCGGCGGCCAGACGUUGUACCAGAACGAGCACUACGUGUCGCCCAAUGAGAACCGCCGCGAAGCCAAGGCCGACAAGCGCGACCGCUACGUGUCCCGCAAGACCGCGGAGGUCGAGCGCAAGGAGCGCCAGCCCGAGCGUGAGAUGCCCGAGGACCAGUUCGCCGAUGUCUUUACCGGCGCCCAGCAAUAAAUACCUCUCACCUUCAUGUCAGAAGAAUCGGUUCAACACUACGGACAGCAGCACGUUGCUUAGGCAUGAUAACUUUAUCCUAGACAUUUUCACUUCAACGUGUUGUACGUACAAUUUGUGCGUA